UCUUAUUUUAAUAGAGAUGGCUGUUGAGGAUAAAGUGAGCGAUGAAAAAUGUAACGAAGAAGGAAAAGAUUGGCCUCAAAUCGUUGCAGUGUUGAGCGGUUGCCUAUCACCCCUCAGCAGUGGCUUGUUGAUUGCCUGGACAUCUCCCUUCCUACUCAAAAUAACAAAAGACAAAGAAAACUACGACGUUACCGAAGAUCAAGGUUCGUACUUCGCACUUUUGAGCACAGUAGGCAUAUGCCUCCUAUCACCGUUUGUUUUGAGUAUCCCAGAUACAAUAGGAAGGAAGAAUACCCUUUUGCUAACAGCAAUCCCACACAUGGCCACUUGGGUGAUAAAGGCUCUUAGCAGAAACCUGUACGCCAUCUACUUCGCCAGAUUUUGCGUGGGGUUCGGAGAUGCCUUACAGUUUUCUUCGUUACCGAUGUACUUGGGAGAAAUCACAACGCCAAGAGUGAGGGGUGUCUGGGGUAACGGUAUGAUUUGCUCGCUGUUCCUGGGUCAGUUUUUGAUCAAUGUUAUCGGUGCCUACUUCACCGUCCAAGAAACAGCUUUGCUCUGCCUCACUGUACCUGUUGUGUUCUUGAUGACGUUCUCUUUUAUGCCCGAGUCUCCCUACUUCUACAUCAUGAAGAAGAGAGACGAAGAAGCCAAAGAAGCGCUCAGGAGAUUGAGACGGGUUAAAGAUGUCGAACACGAGUUUGAUCAGUUGAAGUCGGCUGUGUACAGACAAAUGUCAGAAUCGGGAACCUGGACUGAUCUUCUAAAGAUCAGAAGUAAUAGGAGAGCAUUGAUUGCAGCCGUGUUUUUGAGGAUGGCACAGCUUUAUAGCGGCCUAUUCGCCUUUGCUGCUUUCACUCAGUAUAUUUUCGAAAAAUCUGGGGGAAAAGUCAACUCGGAAAUAUCAGCAAUGAUCUACAUGGGAUUCGCAUUCGUCUUAUUUUCCAGUGCUGCUUAUUUCUCUAACAAACUUGGGAGGAGGAACUCGUUCAUAAUUUCUACAUCUCUGGCUUCUGUUCUUCUCACACUGGAAGGAGUCUACUUUUAUAUCGAUAGAUACCAACCAGAAAUUGAUCUGGAGAUGUUCACGUGGUUUCCCUUGGUGGGCAUGAUUAUUUUUGUGAUAGUGUGUUCGUUUGGAGUGGUUAUUAUUCCUACCCUUAUGCUGGGAGAGUUGUUUUCAGUUAGCGUUAAAGCGAAAGGAGUUUGUGUUGUCACUACAUUGUUCGGUUUGAUGACUUUAUUCACUAAUGUAUUAUUUUAUAAUAUCAAUUUGUACACUGGCUUGUGUGGGCCGUUUUUUCUGUUUGGCGUAUGCACUGCUGUAUCGGCCAUUUUAUCUUAUUACCUUGUACCUGAAACGAAGGGGAAAACUCUGGAAGAUAUUCAACUAACCCUCAAACAACUUAAUUAA